AUGCCAAAGGUGGCAUGGGAGAUAGCGAACAGUGAAGACACUCCAGUAGACGUAAACAAUGCUAAUAAUUAUAUUUUGACCAAUAAAGAUGUUUUGGGUACAAAUAAACCAGAGAGAACAGAGUAUAUGAUACGUCAAUUAGCUGUCUACUAUCGACACAUCUGUGGCAUAAUUAGAACAUGGACCAGUUCAGAUGGCCUCUUGAUGGCUUUAAUGCUCAUAAGCCGUAUGUUUCAUUUGGUGCUACUUUUACAGAGAUUAAUCAUGGGGUUGACCCAACAUUCAGGUAAAUUACAAAUG